CCUUUUUACAAAAGCCUCAUCGCUGGAACUGAGCAGCUGCCGGGAGCCCAUCUCUCUCUCUCUCUCUCUCUCUCAGUCACAAACGUUCUUGUUGAAGGGACACCAUGAGGUGUGCAGCUCUGCUGUUGAUGCUGGUGACAGGAGCGGCCACUGACUCAGAGUGCAAGGCCCCUGACGGCCGUGACGGGUUACUGGGAAUGAAAGGAUCUCCCGGCAGAAAUGGACGACAGGGAGAAAAAGGCGACAGAGGGGAGCCAGCAGGUUUACCCCCCAGCAUUGGGAGUGGCCAGCCAGGGCUGAAAGGAAGGCAAGGCGACCCGGGAAAGGCUGGAAUUCCCGGCAUCAAAGGUUACGCCGGGUUACCCGGGCUACUGGGAGAAUCUGGAGCAGCCGGAGAGAAGGGGCGGAAAGGACAAUCUGGGGAGGGUGGGGGGCUUCACGGCAGUGAGAGACCUGCCUUCUCCGUGGCCAAAGUCACCUCUCAUCCCCCUUCGCCCAAAUCCUCGGUGAAGUUCACCAAAGUAAUUACCAACGAAGGAGGGUGUUUCAGAGUCAACACAGGGCAGUUUGUCUGCUGUAAGAGCGGGUGGUAUUACUUCACGUACAACGCAGUGGCCGUGGGAGAUCUCUGCGUUCAGAUCAAGGUGUCCCAUCACCCGGACACCAAAGGCCACACAAUCGCCAGCUUCUGUGACACCAGCAGCUCCUCUCAGAACAAGUACCAGAUGAACUCUGGUGGCACUGUGCUGCACCUCAGCGAAUUAGACAAGGUCUGGCUCCAGGUCAAGGAGAAUAAAAACAAGAUGUACGGCUCGGAAGAGCGUAACAGUGUCUUUUCUGGCUUCCUCCUCUUUCCAGAUGAAUAGUGACACAAAACAUCUAUAUUCCUGGUCAGUGAACCCCACCGCCAACCACCCUGACCAUCUCCCCUGCCCCCCCCAUCCCUUUCCCUUCCCCUUGGC